AAAAAAACGUUUGGCCAGGGGGGGAGCGUGCUGGCUGUGCCUGAUGCAGGAAUGAUAUCCGACUGGUUGGAGCAGCACGCGGGCCAACAUUGGAAGGGAGUCGACCUUGGACGCCUGACAAGGCAAUUAUCAGCUCAUCGGCUUCUUUCUGGCGCUGAGCGGCCUGGCCGUCACCAUGAUGGCCACCGUCAUGGUGGAGUGGAAGCGCCACUUUGAGGGCAAGUCCCACAGCAUCUACGAGGGCUUGUGGAUGAGCUGCAGCGGCGAGCACCGCACCACCUGCGAGCUGCACGAGUCCGUCCUGGAGCUGCCAUUGGAGAUCCAAAUAACGCGAGCGCUGCUGCUGCUCAGCAUCUUCCUGUCGGCCAUGGCCUUGCUGGUGUCCACCGUGGGGAUGAAGUGCACGCGCUUCAUGGACGACAAGGCCGUCAAGUCCACCGUGGCCCGCAUUGGAGGGGUUCUGUUCAUGGUCUCAGGUAUUCUGACUUUCAGCAUUACUUCCUGGUUUGUCAAGAAGAUUGUUCAUAAGGUCCAUGAGUCUCAUCAUCUGCACAGUUUUGAGUUUGGCAGGGCGGUGUUUGUGAGCUGGGCCGCCGGUCUCCUCACGACGGCCGGCGGAGCCUUCCUGAGCUGCGGGAGGUGCGCCAGGUCCUCGGCGUCCAGUUCUAUAAGCUCCAACCACCUCACGCCGCCAAGCCCCUCGGCGACGGUGUGCAGCCAAAAGGUGCCUGAUCACAAUCAAUGUCAUGACUACUGAUGGAUUAUUAUUGUCCUUCAAACCUUGUACUAAAACACACUACUGCUUUUAUACUAGGAAUUAUUAUUUUUUAAAUAUAUUUUAUUUUAUUUUUUCUAUACGUUUUUUUAAAAAAAAUUAUAUAUUUGUUUUUCCUUACUAGGAUUUCUUAAAUGUACUUUACUUUGUAUUGUUGCAUACUAUAAAUGUGUUUAUGUACAGUUUUUUGUGAGAAUAAAAAUACAAUA